CGCGGGCGGACUCUGAGCUGGUUUUACUGAGACGAGGAAAACGUUCUCUGGGCUGGUUUAAGCCCGGUGUCUAAAAUCCAUCUCCGCUGUUAGUUCGUUGCUUUACCUCUACUAAAGCACGCGGAGAGAGCCAAGGCAAGCCGGCCCUCCGGCGCCCGCGCAAUCUCGGUUCGGUUAGCGCUCGCAUUGCUGGGCAGCUGUUUGGGACCACGGGGAUGUGAAAUUCCCAUUCGCGAGGAGCUUUUUAAGCCGUUACGUGCAACGUGGCCCGGUGUGUUACCUGCUGGAUACUUCUGGCAGAACCCCAUCAAAGAAGGAGCUAAGGCUGCCGUUAACGAACCGAUGACAAAUACUGAGCAAUGCCUUCUGCCGUGUAUGUAGACAUAAGACAGAAGUCAUGGAAGGGGCUACCAGCAUCGGGAGAUGGAACGAGGCAGGCCGCCCGUGCGGCAGCAGGGCUUGACAGAAGGCAGCUGCCACCCGGAGCUGUGCCUCUCCCCGGCCCCGGCCCCGGCCGUGCCGCCGUUCUGCCCGGUUCCUCCCGCUCCUGGCGCGGCUCCCGGCGCUGCCUGUGCUCCCGCUGUCCCGUGCCGCUGCCUGCUCGCCCUGCUCACCCCCUUCACCUCAUCUCCCCGCAGCAGUGGGCUUGUCCACAUCAAAAAUCCGCACCUGGAGACGAUGGAUGAGGACGUCCUGUAUCAUCUGGACUUGGGAACGAAGACGCACAACCUGCCGGCUAUGUUUGGGGACAUAAAGUUUGUCUGCGUUGGCGGCAGCCCGAACAGGAUGAGGGCGUUCGCGCAGUUCAUGCACAAGGAGCUGGGGCUGGAGGGCGAUGGGGAGGACCUGGCCGACAUCUGUGCGGGGACGGACCGCUACGCCAUGUACCGGGUGGGACCUGUGCUCUCCAUCAGCCAUGGGAUGGGCAUCCCUUCUGUCUCCAUCAUGCUCCACGAGCUGAUCAAGCUGCUGCACCACGCCAAAUGCCGAGACGUCACCAUUAUACGCAUUGGUACUUCUGGAGGCUUGGGCGUGGAGGCCGGCUCCGUGGUGAUCACAGACAGGGCGGUGGACGCCUGCUUCCAGCCGCGCUUCGAGCAGGUGGUGCUGGGCGACGUGGUGGUGCGGGGCACUGACCUGGAUGGGGGCCUUGUGGAGGAGCUCCUGGCCUGCAGCAAGGCUGUUCCCGACUUCCCCACGCUUGUCGGGCACACCAUGUGCACCUACGACUUCUAUGAAGGUCAAGGGAGAUUAGAUGGAGCCCUGUGCUCUUUUUCCAAUGAAAAGAAGUUGGAGUACUUAAAGCGAGCUCACGAUGCUGGCGUGAGAAAUAUUGAAAUGGAGUCGACGGCGUUCGCCGCGCUGUGCGGGCUGUGCGGGCUGAGAGCCGCCGUGGUCUGCGUGACGCUCCUGGACCGGCUGGAGGGCGACCAGAUCCGUGCGUCCCACGAGGUGCUGCACGAAUACCAGCAGCGGCCCCAGCGCCUGGUGGCGGCCUUCAUCCGGAGACGCCUGGGGCUGUGCGCUGCCACAGGGAACACGCAGCCCUCCAGCGACUGA